AUGGAUGACAUCGAGGAUGAUCCCUAUUCUUGGGACGUCGGCGUGGUUGUCAAUCGACUCUGCGCUCCUGGAGUCCCAUGGAGUCGAGAUCCUGCAUUCCUCGCCACACGCAUUCAGGAGGAGGAACUUGAUGGCAAGACUCUAUUGACCUUCGAGCAUGUGUGUUCGCGUCAAGAGUUGAUGGACUGUCUCGGCAUUAGGAUCGCCCGCCACAAAGCUGCCCUGGUGGAAGCUAUCGUUACUCUUCGUUCUAAGAGCAAGGGGUAUUGGGAAUGGCAAGCCGACUUCAAGCGAAAACAAUCUGGGUUCCCUGGCGAGGAAACCAAAGACUCAACACAUGCCACCGAACAACGGCAUUCCUCCAAUCUUCCGAACGGUGAUCGCCAUAAAGAAAAGGGGACGCCUGUUUCCGUUUCUGAUACUAAUGGGACGAUUCCUCAUGCCACUGGGAACUCAUUGCAGCAGGAAUUGCGUAGCCAAAACCAUCUACACACUCCUCAAGCGGAUGGCCAGCUUCAACUUGCAACGCAUUCUCACCAGCCGCCCAUUCAUGAACCUCCUGACCAAAUCUCAGAGGUUGAUGAGAGGUCUAAUAAACGCAGGCGGAUGGCCCCCAUGCUGUUGACAGACAAACCAAGGAACGUCGAUCCUGUUUUCCUCCCGACGGAAGCUGAUGUGCUUGACUACGCUAUCAAUAAGGCUGUGCCGGGGUUCCCAGAUGAUGCCUCUGCAGGCUUUCCGUGGGAAAAUGCACCCUCAUAUGCCUACUUAGGCAGGGGUAAGCUUUCAAGAGAGGACAUUCUAACGCCAGUCGGCAUGUUGAGUUCGCUCCUCAAGGAGAGCGAAAAUUCUUUUACUUCAGUCAGCAUCCAUACAAUUCCACCUGGAAGAAGACUCGCGGCAAACAAUAUCCUCAAGCGGCUUCUCAUGGGCCGCUAUCGCAUAUCCACGCAUUCCUCGAGGUCGCAAAGCCAUCUAUCUAACGAGUCUGAUGAAGUCCUCGAACUCGCCGACCUUGACAACGAACUCGACGCUGAGACAUUGAGGGAGAUAAAAGAAGAGGAGGCUGAAAACGAGAGGCUUGAUACCCUUGACGAUAAUCCCCAGCCCUAUCCCUUUGUCACUCCUGAGCGAACAGCGGAGAUAUUAAACGAGGCCAUAACAGCUAUCGAGGCAAACUGGACGGAGAAGAAGCUCCCAAAGUAUGAGCGGAAAGCUUAUAGUCUAUGGCAGAAAUCUCGCCGUCUUGGCAUCAAGAACAUCCAAAUCCAGGAUGCUUACAAAACGGCUAAGCAUCUCAUCACACGAAUCCAGAAACUCUGUCUCGAAAUUCAGAAGACGGACUCGACCUCCGAGUCACAUUACCGAGAGGCAGCGAAAAGCCUUGAGCAAAGCUUAGAAGACAAGAAGUAUCAGGAGUGGUUGAUCAAGUUGCUUGAGUCGUCAAGACCACCCCCAAAACCACAAACAGUGGCCCGUCCGAAACCACGCACCGUGCGGCAGCCGGACACUCUGGCCCUUAUGGAAGAAGAGGUUCUCACUAGCUCUGAAGAGGAAGAUUUCGUCGUUCCUGACGAUCACAUGGAUAUAAUUGAAAACGGGUUGAUGACUGGUCGGGAUUCGCCACCUCCCCUUAUGAAGGAGGAAUGGGCGGAUUUCGAUACUGACUUCAUGGAUUUGACUCAGGACGACACGGAUGAGCCCUGGGGCUUGGGUUAUGAUAUGACUAAUCCCAUCGAUUUGACCAGUCCUGCCAAGCAAGCGAACAGUCCUUUGUAUGGAGAUGAUUGGGGAAAAGCCGUCCCUCCCAGAAAGAAUCUUUUUGAAAGAGAAACUCUCAAUGCAGGUACAUCUAAUGCAGCCAUCACGGAAGGAGAGAACUCGACAACGGACAAACCUAUUAACAUCGAGAACAAAUCAUUUGAACCCGAAGUUGUCAAUUUCCAGGCUCCCAUUAACCAUGUUUCCGAAGAAGCCCAUGACGAUAACCAAAGCCGAGAGAUUCAGCCAGAAAGAACCCAAUCUCCACGUCACAAUGGCGGCCUUCAGCCCCCACCUAUCGAGAAUUUUGGCGAUCUUCAACAGCUCGCAUCCCAAGCGCUUAAAAAAUACGUUAAGCGCAACGAUCGCUGGCGAUUGUUGAUCGGUGAGAUGUGGCAUAUGGAACAUGCCCGGCGAAAGUCAGCAGUCGAUCUGAUAUUAUCAGAUCACCCCGAUGUUGUAUGGGACGAGCGUAUCCAGCCAUACCUAUUUGAACCCCUGGAAGAUCCCGAACAGCUACGAGAGGGCAACGCGAAGGUGGUUCUUUUUGACGUUGUACGUCUUUGUCGCUGCUUCUUCCUGUGUCAGCACACGACAGAAGAACAAAUGCUUUCCUAUAAAGUAGGAAAGUUGAGAAAAACAUUGAACCAGGCACGAGUCAGGUUCUUCGAACCUCUCUGCAUGUUCGUAGCGGCUCUUACGCCUCACUUCCCUCAGGAUAGUCAAAUCUAUAGACAAGACACGGACAUUCUUGACGAGUUAUUUCCAGAGGGACAGGAUGAGAUGUUGGACUUCGACGAUCUCGUCGAGGAAGGGCGUGCGGGGCGUCGAAGACCAAAAGAAAAAGAAAUCAUCCGUGACAAAGCAGCCGUGGAUCUUCGAGAACGCGAGAAUCAAAGGCUUAAGGAACAAGAAGCUCGCAGAAAGAAGUUGAGGGAGACCCUCGCACUGGAUGGCUCAGUGUCACGGGAUGGGACUCGCCUUAUCGUAAACGAAAGCAAAGAAGAAGACCAAAGUCUCAUCUACAUCCACGAGGACAUUGGCCGCCGAAUCAAGGAUCACCAAAUCGACGGCGUUCGCUUCAUAUGGAACCAAAUUGUGCGGGAUCCCAGUGUACGACAAGGCUGUUUGCUAGCCCACACAAUGGGACUCGGUAAAACCAUGCAAGUCAUCACUGUCCUCGUCGCUUUGGCAGAGGCAGCACAGUCUAAAGACCCAUCUGUAGUGGCUCAAAUACCUGAAGAUCUGAGGGAACCACGGAUUCUGGUUCUUUGUCCAGCUGCCUUGGUGGACAACUGGAUGGAUGAGCUCCUCAAAUGGGCACCACCGAAUUUACUGGGGGAGUUGCGCAAGGUCUCAUCUAAUACACCGGCCGAGGAAAGGGGUGCGGUGGUGUCAUCAUGGGCUUCCGGCAGAGGCGUCCUUACAGUUGGCUACGAGAUGUUCAAAAUAAUUAUGAACACGUCUGAAGACCUAGCAGAUCUUCUGACAAAUCGUCCGGACGUGGUCAUCGCCGAUGAGGCGCAUAAGAUGAAGAAUCGGGAGUCACAAACUAACCUGGUUUGUUCACGCUUCAGAACAAAGAGUCGUAUUGCACUCACUGGGUCACCAUUGUCCAACAGCGUAUUAGAGUAUUUUGCCAUGAUUGACUGGGUUGCUCCCAAUUUCCUUGGCCCGUUCUCCGAGUUUAGCCACAUUUAUGCCUCUCCGGUAGAGCGAGGUCUCUAUAACGACAGCACACCGUCUGAAAAAAGGAGGGCACAAAUGAGGCUGAAGGCACUUGAGCAACUCGUGGCACCUAAGAUCAAUCGCCACACGAUCGCUGCCCUAAAAAACGACUUGCCACCAAAGCAGGAGUUCAUCAUAUUCGUGCCUCCAACGACACCUCAGACGCAGUUGUACCAAUUGUACAUCAAGGGUGUAGCAAGAGAAGGCACCGACUCGCAAGCUGAGACUUUCGCUGCCAUCAACCAUCUUGGAUUGAUUUGCAGCCAUCCGCGAUGCUUUGAAGCAAAGGUGAAGGCGAUCCAAAAGGGGAUCCGCUCAAACAGCGAUAAUGAAGACAAGUCCUUCCCCAAGUCUAUGAUUCCGGAGUUCUUGAAAACGUUGCAUUCUUUUAGGGACUUGGACACGCCAACGCUUUCAUUAAAAACAGAACUGCUGACAAUCAUCCUCGACGAGGCGCGUCAAGUUAACGAUAAGGUGCUUAUUUUCAGCCAAUCCUUGCACACAUUAAAUUAUAUCGAAAACAUGUGUAGAAUGCAGAAGAGGACGGUUUCUCGCCUAGAUGGUGGCACACCAGUUCCGAGUCGACAAAGGCAGACAAAAGAUUUCAAUGAGGGUAGCAAAGAGGUGUUUUUGAUAUCUACAACUGCUGGUGGUGUAGGACUCAACAUUCAGGGAGCUAACAGGGUUAUCAUUUUUGACGUUAGAUAUAACCCGUCGGACGAGCAACAAGCUGUGGGCCGAGCGUAUCGUAUCGGCCAGCAAAAGCCUGUAUUCGUCUACCGUUUCAUGGUCGCAGGGACUUUCGAAGAUAAUCUUCACAACAGACAGGUUUUCAAAAUGCAGCUGGCAUCGCGAGUUGUUGACAAGAAGAAUCCCAUCAGCUGGUCAAAGCGCAAGGGUGAUGUAGUGUCGGUGAUCAGACAUUGUCCGCCAAGCGACCUCACCCCUUAUCUCGGCAAGGACAAGAUUCUGGACAAACUUAUAAUGCAUCGCAAGAAUGGCGAAGGCAUCCGAUCUAUUGUGACAACGGACACAUUCGAAGAGGAAGAUCUUGGCGCGGCGCUUACUGAGGACGAGAAGAAGCAAGUGGCUGAAAUGAUCGAACUGAAUCAUCUUCGAGAAACCAACCCAGAGGAGUAUUUGAGGGCGAAAGACCGAGUGGAAUUAAAGGAGCAGGCUGGGAUGUAUAGAGAACAGGAUGAGCUCCUUCGUGCGAGUUCGUUAUCUCAACAGCCUGUGCCUCGAUCAAUUGAUGAUACAUCGGAUAUGCUUCACCAUGCACAAUUUCCGCCUCCGGCAACCGCUCCGGCUCUUGGGCAGGAUGUGUCGGGCGCCAGAAAACUAUUUCGCGAAGCGAGCACACUUACGAGCCGGCCUGUGUCCCAGCAACCUACAGCUUCAGCCCAUGGCCCAGCUCCAAUGCCAAUGGCUGGUGCGAACACCUUUUUCGGAGAGCAUAACCAUUCUGGGCCAGUGAUUGAGCCGCACUCGACGCCGACAGUAUCUGCGCCGCAGGAGCCUCCGAGAAUGACAGCGUUGCGAACACUUUCAACUCGACUUACCAAUACCCCACCAUUGACCAACGCGUCCUCAAUCAGAACGCCAAACCAGGAGCCCAAGCCAACCAAAAGCCCUGUGAAUCCGUCGCGCGCGAGUCCCAUCUUUAAGCAAGGUGGAGUUUUUAACGUGACCGAGAACCCUGCGAUGGUCGAGUUUGAGAGUCAUUUGCGGGAGAGCCUUCAAAAAGUGCAACACCGCAAUUUGCUACAAACAGGAGGUGACCCCGCUGAGAUAGCCAAGUCUACAACAAUGCGUGUAAACGAGGUCCGUAGGAAGGGCCAGUAUGGGCUGCUCCCUGACACGAAGCAUUGGAGGGUACUCAUUAGGCUUCUAUCACACGAAAAAUGGGUGAUUGCAAUUGCCACAGGCUAUAUAAAGCCAGAAUAUUUGGCUGAAGCCGAAGAGAAAGUGCUCGAAAAGCGACUAGAGGCCAUCAAUGCACUCAAAGAAGCGGAGAUCGCUGCCCGUGCACUUGAGAAGACCAAUUCGCCCGACCCAAAUAAUUUGCAGAAUAUCAGGCGUCGAAGCUCACACCAGGGUGAGAAACGACCCCGGGCUACGGAUGAUAUGAAAGUAAUGCGGGAAGCGGCGGAUAAUAGGAGAAACCGAGCAUUCCGUCUACCGCCAUGGGCAAAUGAGGCCCUUUCCGAAGAGAAAAACCGAACAUUACCUGCAAUGGGCACUCGAGAAGGGCAGUUUGGCUUCAGGGAUGAUACGCCUGGCCUCUGA